AUGUCGGCAACACCAAGCCGACGGCACUCAGCGCUAUCUCAGUCCCAUCCACAAUCAGCACAAUCGCGCAGACGAAACGCAGCCCGCACCUCAGCCUCAGAAGCAACACCCCUGCCAGAAUACGAGACUCCCGAGGCCCCUCUCACAGCAGAAAGCCAGCGCCAAAUCGCCGCCCUCCUCGCAUCACAGCACCUCCGCACCCUCCGCACCCACCUUCAACAUGCAGCCGAGAAACUCACAUACUCAGGCGGUGAAGUAAAUGAGCGUCUUAGCGAUGCCAGGACUCGAUAUGAGAAACUAAAAGAAGCACGCCGGCGUCAAGGCGAUGAGGAUGUCGAUGACGACGAGGCCAAUGAGGAGUACCAGCGGCUUGCUGAGGUAGAGACUCGAGUCGAUGCUAUUACUGCGCGGAUGGAGGAGAAGACACGAUUAAUUGUCGAUUCAGAAAUAAAACUCCAGGGGCUCACGGAUGCGAUGGGUCAAAUUGAAAGGGAGGAGGGUGAGACUGUCGCUGCUGCUUUGGGUGUGAGGCAGACCCGUCAACAGCGAGCAAGGCAGAGAGCCAAUAAUGACGAUGAUGCCGAUGGGACUGAAGAUCCCACCGAUGGUGAUUAUGAAGAUACGCAGGAGAGAGAGAUGCGGGAGCGCAAUGCACAGAACCCGCCUAGUCGCAAGCUGGUCGAUAAGUUGACGGAGGGCGUUCAGAAGUGGGAUGAGCUUUCUUUGACAGAGAGAUAUGCCAGCAAUAACUCCUACAUCGGAUUCUACCGGAUGGUACACGACUCCAAGUUCCCCGGCGACGACGUCCCGCCAUUGCCCCACUCAUCUACAUGGUUCGAACACAUGGAAGAUACGAAUGCACGAUCAGGGGCACCGGCACGUACGCGCAACCAGAACCGUGGGCUCUCGCCCGCCGGCUCCGACGAUGACAUUGCUAUUGAGCGCGAGCGCAUCUCCCUCAAAUGCCCAUUGACUCUCACACCUUACGUCGAUCCUGUAACGAGCACUAAAUGUCCACACAGCUUCGAGCGGGAGGCCAUUAUGGAUAUGAUCAAAAGCAGUCCGACGACUAUCGCGCCCCCGGCAUCUCGUCGGGGACAGCGCCGCGUCCAUGUGGUCAAAUGCCCUGUUUGUUCUAUUCCGUUGACUGCGGACGAUUUGCGCCCAGAUCCUGUUCUACUACGACGUGUUCGCCGUGCCCAAGAGCUCCAGGAGCGUGAAGAAGAAGAUGAUCACCUUGAAGGGGAUGGAAGAAAGCAGAAGGAUCGAAGUACCGGUAUUACCUUGGGUAGUGACGUGGAAAGCGAUGAUGAUGCUAUGGAUGUUGAUGCCCAGCCUCCCUCACAGCGCGUCAAAAUGGAGCCGCUCAGUCAGGCUACUCGGGCCGCUCAAUCUGAUGAUGAGUCGAGUGACGAUGCGGAGAGUCAAGAUGCUGAGCCUGAGGAUGUGGAGAAUGCGGAAGGGGAGAGUGAAGAAGGAGAGAAUGAAGAGGUGGACAUUGAACAAGAACAGAACGAAGAGGUGGAAAUUGAGGAACCCGACAACGAAGAAGGGGAGGACGAAGAGGUUGAGAUUGAACAAGGGCAGAAUGAAGAAGAGCAGACCGAAGAUAUGGGGAUCGAUGAACCGGGGAACGAAGAAGAGCAGAAUGAAGAAGUGGAUGAGGAAAUUCCCAGCGAUGAAAGACAGAAUGAGGAAGUGCAGAACGAAGAAAGACAGAGUGAAGAGGAGAAUGGGGAUGUGGAAGAUGAAGAUGAGGAGAGCGAGGAACAGAAUGCAACUGUGGAUUCCCAGAAGGAUGUGCAACAAGCGGAUGUGCAGAGUGAGAAAGAACAGGAUGAAGAUGACAGUGAGGACAGUGAAGAGAGUGAAGACAGUGAUAGUGAUAUUGAACCCAAAGUCGAGAGCGGGUCCGAGGAUGAGGAAGUGGAAGGAGAAAGCCAAGAUAGUGAUUGA